UGAGAGAAGAGAGGGUUAGGAAAAGACUCGGUCAGGAUUGUGGGAAGGAACAGAAACAAUCUCUCAACAGUACACCAGUAUACCAGCACCACCUCCACCACCUCCACUCCAACGCUCCACCGGGUCCCUCUCCGCUCACUGGCACCUCGCAGAGAGACCAGGCGAAGCGCGCUCACCGCCUCCUGAGCAGACACUGUCCGAUCGGAGAGAGAGAGAAAGAGAGAGAGAGAGGGGGAGAGAGAGAGAGCACGAGGGGGAGAGAUAGGGAGUAGUUUUCUCUGACAUUAUACAGACUCCUACCACGUACUGUAGGUUACUUUUUUCCUCCCGGCAACGUCUGUGCUAAAUUGCGCUCCUGGAUUUUAAGUGCGUCUUGGCGAAGUCCGUCCCCACCAAGCAGCGGCUUCAGCUUUCCUGUCAAUCGGCCGGACCUCUUGUUGUAUCCUUCACUUCACCCGGACAAGAUUUCAUGCGAAAUAAAGUACAGAUGCUGGAAUCUUUGAGUUGAUUGGAACAAAUAGAAAUCAGAAAAAAGAGAUAAAGGAAGAGCAGAAGAGUGAAGAGAAGGAAGAAGUGAAAGAAGAAGAAAGACGAGAGAGAAGAAAGCACAAAUUUCUUUAGAAAGAGGGGAAAAAGAAAGACGGGGACGAUGGGGAGGAAAAAGAUUCAGAUCACGCGGAUUAUGGAUGAACGCAACAGACAGGUGACAUUUACAAAGCGAAAGUUUGGCCUGAUGAAGAAAGCAUAUGAGCUGAGUGUGCUGUGUGACUGUGAGAUUGCCCUGAUCAUCUUCAACAGCACCAACAAGCUGUUCCAGUACGCCAGCACAGACAUGGACAAGGUCUUGCUUAAAUACACUGAGUACAAUGAGCCCCAUGAGAGCAGGACCAACUCCGACAUUGUGGAGACAUUGAGAAAGAAGGGCCUAAACGGCUGUGACAGCCCAGACCCCGACGCAGAUGACUCGGCAUUGAACAAGAAGGAGAACAAAGGCGGCGAGAGCCCGGAGCUCGAGUCUGCUCUCAUCCUCACCCCACGCACUGAAGAGAAAUACAAACAAAUUAACGAGGAGUUUGAUCACAUGAUUAAAACUCAUAAGAUACCUGCCGUGCCCCCAUCAAACUACGACAUGCCCGUGUCCAUUCCCGUUAGCAACCACAACAAUCUCAUUUACAGCCAUCCUGGGGGUUCCCUAGGCAACCACAACCUGUUGCCACUGGCGCACCAUGGUCUACAGAGAAACAGCAUGUCUCCCGGAGUUACACACAGACCCCCCAGUGCAGGUAACACAGGUGGCCUCAUGGGUGCUGACCUCACCACUGGCGCAGGCACCAGUGCUGGAAAUGGAUACGGGAACCAUCGUAACUCACCUGGUCUGCUGGUCUCUCCAGGUGGCAUGAACAAGAACAUGCAAGCUAAGUCUCCCCCACCCAUGAACUUAGGCAUGAACAACCGCAAACCUGACCUACGUGUGCUCAUCCCCCCAGGCACCAAGAACAAUAUGCCCUCCAUUAACCAGAGAAUUAACAACUCUCAGUCUGCUCAGUCAUUGGCCACCCCAGUGGUAUCAGUAGCAACUCCCACUCUACCAGGACAAGGCAUGGGCGGUUACCCAUCUGCCAUCUCUACAUCUUAUGGUACUGAGUAUUCUCUGAAUAGUGCAGAUCUGUCCUCGCUGUCUGGCUUCGGCAGUGGCAGCUCCCUUCACCUCGGCUCAAUGAGCGGGUGGCAACAGCAGCACCUUCAGAACAUGCAGCAUUCAGCCCUCGGCCAGCUAGGAAAUUGCUCUAGCUCUCACUUAUGUCAGGGUUCAAAUCUCUCCCUGCCCUCUGCUCAAAGCCUGCACAUCAAGUCCGAACCUGUUUCUCCUCCUAGAGAUCGCACCAGCAACACACCGGGGGGCUACGGUGGCGGGGUACCACCUCCUCAGAACCCCUCGUCCCGCCAAGACUCGGGACGCUCCCCUGUUGAUAGUCUGAGCAGUUGUAGCAGCUCCCAUGAGGGCAGCGACCGCGAUGAGCACAGGAAUGAGUUCCAUUCACCUCUGGGACUGGUCCGGCCUGCCAUGGACGAGCACGAGAGCCCCUCCAUCAAACGAGUGCGCCUGUCAGAAGGAUGGGCAACAUGAUAGAUCUGUCCUCUCCCUGGCGGCACCCUGAGUUGCCCUGAGCCCCCAACAAUGCAGCGUUACAAUGCCACCUAAGUCAGUUCUCUCCCUGUUUUUCCUCUCACUCGAUAUCACGAGUCACUUACCCCCCAACCCCAUGGCCUAUCUCCUUUUAUCUCUUUAACGCUGAAGGAAAGAAAAGGGAUAACCCUUUUCAAAAACCUGUUCGUUAUUUCUUUUCCUUUUUUUAUUUUCUUUUUGCUGAGUGUGGUGUGUGUGUGCUAUGCAUAUUGACAUUAUAUAAACCAGUGGGGUGUUGUAACGGGGCUUUGGGAGGGUGGGUGUUGGUUGGGAUGCGAUCUGGGGGUAUUUUUGUUGGGGAACUAUGCAUAAAUUGUAUUGUGUGUGGAUAAAAAGAAACACAUGCAUAUGCAUAUAUCUUUACACAUGUGUGUGUAUAUAUAUAUGCAUAUCAACAAAUAAACAAAAAAAAUUGUCAGGUACUCUGUUUCAUAAAAUGUACUUACAAUUUGACUCAGCGAUAUAUCAGUUAUUACACACGGGACAAAAAAAACAAAAAAAAACAACAACAACAUCAACAUGAGAGUGAGUGUGUCCAGUGGAAAUCACUUUAGCACUUGGUUUGGACAAACAAUACAUGUGUACAGUAUCAGUUUCAUUGCUAUAUACCUUCUACUACCUGCAGUUCUCCCUUGCAAAAAUGUGUGUUAACAUUAGAUGAUGUCAUGUUGCAGGUUCAACGUAUUUAUGUAAAUAGAGGGUCAAGGGGGAAGGGCAGGGGUCAAACGUUGCCAGACAUUACAAAAUCUGUCUACUCGCUAAAUGAAAAGGCUAUUAUGCAACAUUUGAAGGCUUGUACAGGUAAACAGGCAAAUUCAGUUCUAACCUUGUAGGAUCUGAUGAUUUUAAUGCUCCUCUUGAAGAACGGAGCAGAGCGAAGACCACCCUUUGACCUAAGAGCUACGUUAGUGUAAUCAAGAAAACUCUGGAUCUAGUAUUAACUAUUCAGUAUUAAUAAACAUAAAAAGGUAAAAAAAAAAAACAAUUGUACGAUACACUUGCUUAUAUUUUCAUAUGAAAGGAAUUCAAUGCAAAGCAUUUUUGUGGCUUUUUGUAGUUUCUAUAAGCCAGAAUGUGUUUUUUGAUAGCUUUGCUAAUAAGAGAUGGAUAA